GGUUGUAAGAUGACGUGGACACGAUGACUUCCACACGGUCAACACAUGCGGAAGACGGUCCGGUACAAGAGGUAGUUCCUGGUGUUGGUCAGCUGGUUGAUGUUCACUUCGUUACAGCGGAGCCUCAGCCAGACAUACACAGUCUGUUCCCUCCAUGUCCGAGAGAGGUGACAGAGGUUCCCCAGCGCUCUCAUUCAGAUCCUGACCCAACAAUGACGGUGACGGCGCAACAUCAUCUACCACCAUACCCCACCAACAUCCCCAUAAUAGUACCUCUGGAUUCAGAAGACGCUCCAGAGAGCGACCAGCGAUACAACGGAUUACCCCCGUAUCCACUGUCCAUUCCGCCGAUCACACCUACUGACUUGGGCCUAUUGAACACGUCCGGGGACAUAUCGGAACCUUCUGACAGACAUACAGCUACGCCUCUGUUUGAUGACCACGGACAGAUGCCUUCAGUGUGUAAUGGAGGAGAUCCUAUGCCGGUGUCACCCGUAUGUACAAUGCAGGUGCUUCUCGAGCCAGCUUCGGACGUUCCAGCGAGAAAAUAA